AUGCUGAUCCGUCUGGCUUUAAGGUUGAGAGCCCUGGGGUUCGAAACCGCCUAUGUGCAAAUUGGCGGCGUGUGCAUCACCAAUCACGGCCUCAGCCGGUCCCACGGCCCUAGCGGCAAGUCGCCGCAUCAGGAACCGUGGCGGUCUCUGCCCCAACGUCAACCGCGGCUGCGGGCCCCCCGGCGCGCUGAUGCAGACAGCGACCGUGACGACGACGGUGAUGGCGGCGACGGCUGCAGCAGCGACGUGCUGGAAGAGGAUUUGCAGGACUACCUGGAAAAUGUGCUGGGCGCCACCGAUAUCGGCAGUAGCAAGCAGAGCGGUGCCGGUAGCAAGUCUCAUAGCAGUAGCGCAGGGUGCAGGCGUCCUGCCGCCGUCGCCGCCGCCACCUCCGCCCACGGUCCAGGCAGCAGUGACGGCGAUGACAGUGACGGCGAUGACAACGAUGGGGAGGAGGUGGAGGAGGAGGGGGACAAAGUGGUCAUGAGGGCUGUGGAAGGACUGGACAACGGAGAAGAUGAGCAGAGAGAGGAGGAGGAUGAAGAUGAGGUUGAAGGAGGAGGAGAAGAAGAAGAGGAGGAGGAGGAGAAGAUGAGGAGGUUGCCUGUCAGAGCUGCGUCGCCAUGGCUGCCACUUUCCUUAACUUUAGCAGCUGCUUCUUCAAGCACAACAUUCUCUUCAAGCGCCUAUGUCACCAAGGAGGCGCGGCAGACAGCGUUUGGACUUGCCAAGGAGCAGGUUGAAGAAGCUAAUGCGCCGGUAUCAGGCAAUCUCCCAUCUUGGCUUCGUGGAACCGUCGUCAUCAACGGCUGUGGCGACUAUCGUGGCAUGGAGCAUCUAUUUGACGGUUUCGCCUUCCUCACCCGCAUUCACUUAGACGGUGUGACGGGGCGUGCGACUGCCAGCCAGCGUUUCCUGGACACGGACGCGUACAGGAGCUUUCGGAAAACGGGUCGCAUGAAGUACCGCGAGUUCCAGACGCCGGUACCCGCCGACGGACCCGUGGGUCGCGUCCAGGUCGUGCUCGAGAAUAUCAAGGCCCUGAUGAGCAAGGGCCGGGCCUUCACUGACAACGCAUCUAUCAACCUCAUCCCGCUUCCAGGAAAUAGAUUGCUGGCGCUUGGCGAGACUCGUAGCGCUGCUUACAUCGUGGAUCCAGCCACCCUCGCAACUGUACGGCAGGUGGAGUACGACGACGAUUUUCCGGGUGACCUGACGACAGCCCACCCCAAGGUGGCACCCGACGGUUCCAUCAUGAACUUUACUCGCAGUUUACCGUUGGGCGGUUACCACGUGUUUCGGCAGGACCCUGUAACCCUGAGACGCACGAAGAUUGCUUUCAUACGCGACCGCAACCCGUGGGCCCCCUGCUGGGUUCACGACAUGGCCAUCACCUCCUCCUCACUCGUGGUGGUGGAGACCCCGCUAUUCAUUAGCAUGGCUUCACUAAUUCUCGGGACGAAGAGGCCGUACGCCUUCAUGGACUGGAAGCCGGAGGCAGGCUGCCGGGUCCACGUCAUCGCAUUGGAUGGCUCCGGAGUGGUGACCCACACGGCCCCCGCGUUCUUCACUUUCCACCUCGGCAACGCCUUCGAGCGCCCGUCUGGAACCAGCUCCGGAACCGAAAUUUGCCUGGAUUUUAGUGUGUACGAUGACCCUGAGAUCAUUAACGAUCUGUCCCUGGAUCGUCUUAAAGCCUUCCCGGGCAAAGACAUAUCACCCGGCCGGCUGAGGAGACUGGUCAUUCCGUUGCGGGAUGCGGCCAACCGACCGGUGGGUCCAUCGUCAUUGGCGGCUCCCGUGCCGCUGCUUACAGACGAGAACGCGUACGGCAAUUUUUUCGAGUUCCCGGCCAUCAACCCACGAUUCCGGGGGAAGCCGUACAGGUACAUGUACGGCACCGCUGCCAUACGACCGACCAAUAUGGGCAACGCGCUGGCUCGUCACGACCGGAAAAAGGGAGCAGUAUUCGCCGCCUCCUGCAACGACCUCCGCCUGUUGUCGUCGGAGGCGGAGAACACCAGCGUCUUCACCGCCACGGAGAGCCCCUGCCAGCUCCUGGGCCAUACGGCCCAGCUCAGCCUGCAUGUCGCCAACACCGCUAGAAUCAACACCACUGCUGCAGCCGCGGCCGGACGGGUCGCUGCAGGGGCCAAAGGCGGCACCAUCGGCGGCGGCGGCGGCAGCGGCUUCACCGUCGCCGACCGUGUUCACGCACUCUUCACCGCCGCCAUCGGCAGCGCCGCCGCCACCCUGGUUGUUGGCGUCAACGCGAGUGGACAGGACGCGUCGAAGCAAUCCGGAGCCGGCGGCGAUGGCGUGAACGUCAAUCCGUCGAGCUACCUUGCACCUCAGGUGAAGGUGCCGAACUACCACGUGAACGACAUUUGGAAGGCGCAUACGCACUUGCCGAACUACCCGGAAAUCGAGGCCGCUGCUAGGGACACUUUCGUCGCCCUCCCGUCGAGCUAUGACACAAAAUAUCGGAACCCCUGCUGGACACAAGAUGGCACGUUCAAGUGCCUACCGUAUUUCCAAAUACUGGGAGUUUCCAAAUGCGGGACAACCGACCUGUAUAACCGCCUCACGGAACACCCCGAUAUGAUUGACUGCUCUUGGAAGUCAUCCAAGUAUGAUGACAGUAAGGGGGCAAGCCGGGAGCUCAACACGGCCUACCAGCUGCUAAGGGACUUUUACAAAGGUCGCACAUUGGUGAAGCGAAUCAACUCCACUCUGUCCGAAUACCUGUGGGAAGCCACUCCCUGGGCUCGAUACAUCGUCAUGUUCAGAGACCCUGUCACUAGGUACCGUUCCGCAUUCUUCUACUACCGCAAUAAGGCCCUCGGCAAACCCACGGACCGGGAGUUUCUAGAGCGAGUUCAACAAGACAUUGCGGACUGGGAGAAAUGCCUGGCGGACAACUCGGAGCUGUACUGCCUCAAGGCCUACCACCCGCAGCAGCUCGUCAAGGGCAUGUACGGCAAGUACCUGGGGGGGUGGCUAUCCGUGUGGCCUCGCGAUCGUUUUCUCUUUAUGCGCACUGAGGACUACAAGUCGGCCCCCGUGGAGCACUUGACCGCGGCUAUCAAGUUCCUUGCUGCGGACACCGUUAUUCCGCUUCUAUUCCUACCACCACCGUACAGCGGGCCCCGUGUUCACCUCAUGCGACACAGGAGGCCCUUCAAUCAGGAGCUUUCGAGGGCGUUUGGGAACGACCCGCGGAUUCUGCCAAUCGCCCAACACGUCCACAUCCAGCCUUGGCUCAGCACAUAAGCACUAGGUCGGGCCUACAUGCUGCUCCUUCCUUGGCCAUAAUAAACACCAAGCCAGGGGUUUGCGCCACAGCACUUGGGCUCCUACAUGUGCGAGUGUGAACCUCACAGGGCUCCGCCAGUGAUACUCAGGCCAGCAAUAUCCGCCCAGCAUCCCUCAACCGUAUCAACUUAAGGCAGAUUAUACAUUAACCACAGAAGGAGCGAAGGAGCGAG